CCCAUGCCUAUAUAUAUAGAAAAAUCAUAAACUUGUAAUCACAGUCACAGAAAACAAUAUCACAUUUCAUUCUCUAUAUCAAAAAUGUAUGAACAAUCCAUCUCAGACUCCGACUUUGCUCUUCUUGAAUCGAUCCGCAGGCAUCUCCUCGACGAUUCUGACAUCUCGGAAAAUUUUCCGAUGAUGGGUCCAUGCAAUGCACCACUGGUUUAUGAUCUGAGUUCGAGUUUUACAGCUUGCCAAGCAAUGCAAUUAAAUGUAGAUGGCUCGUCGGAGAUGAUGAUUGCGUUUGGAGCAAAGGACGUUACGGAGGAAGAAGUGGUGGCGCGCGGGGUUCACGCGCCUCCCGAUUGGAGGAGGUAUAGAGGUGUGAGGAGACGGCCAUGGGGAAAGUUUGCAGCGGAGAUAAGGGACCCUAUGAGAAAAGGUAUUAGGGUUUGGCUCGGGACAUACGAGACACCUGAGGAUGCUGCAAUGGCUUAUGACCAAGCUGCAUUUAAAAUGCGAGGCUCCCGUGCUAAGCUUAAUUUUCCGCACCUUAUCGGCUCCGAUAAAUCUGAGCCGGUAAGAGUGAGUAUGAGGCAGCGGCGGUCACUAGAGGCUUCAUCAUCAUAUUCUUCGUCGGAAAGUGAUUCCCCAAAGCGGAGGAAAUGCGUGGUUGGGUAGCGCCGGCCGUGGUUAAAUCCGAGUUGCAUAGUAAUUGUGUUGGAAGUGAACACAUCAGUUACUUGUAAAUUCUUCAAUAAUAAAUCUAGCUAUCCCGGAGAACAAAACCAGAAUAUGCCUCAAAAUAUUGGAGUGUGUUAUGAGAAACGUGUAUUGAUGAAUUUGGAUCACAGAUUAAUAUUUUAAAGAUAAUUUAAAUAAAAUUCUGAAUUUAUAGCUUUA